CCUGCUGCACGUUUUUCAUCGUCGAUCAUUUGCAGCAAGGACAAAGUCGAUUAACUUGCAAACAAGUUCUCUCCACGAGGUUUAUCGCGUUAUUCGCCGGUUUAUCUGUUAUUUCUGAAAGAAGCUGCAAAUUUCAAGAUCAUCUUUAUCUUUAGAAAUCUUUAAAAUUCUUCUUCCUGUAAUAAUCAAAACUGGAUUGGCGAAAAUGAAGAUCGCUAGCACAUUAUUUCUUUUCGUUGUCGUCGGAUGUACGUGGCGAGAGGCACUAUGCACAUGUGUAUUUCAGUCGGACUUUGGUUUCGUGCUAAACUGCGCUUUCAAAAAGUCCGGACUCUUUCGGGUCAGAAACCUCGGAGGUGUAAAAGGUUACGUCGGCCUGGGAUUUUCCGUUGGAGACGAAUUAGGCUUCAGCCAAUCGCUCUCUAAUUUGGAAAGUGCGAAAAGAAGAAGCGUGCAAAAUAGAGUUAACGGCCUUGCAAUUAAUCCUUUAAAUGUGGUAGGCAAUCGGGAUGAAGUGCAUUCAGCCUCGCUAAAUACCCGCCAAGCGGUGCCGCCUUUCAAACCCUUGCCACUUGGAACAGCCCGACCAUUAGCCCAACAACCUGAACGUCAGAAGCUGGUGGUGAACUCGACAGCUGUUAAGACAUCGCCGGUGAUGUCGGCGCAGCUAGAAGCGUUACAUCAACAGCAUCAACGAAUUCACCAGGAAGCCAAGUUAAAGCAGCAGCAGAGGAUACAACAAGAGGCGUUGGCACUACAGGUAUUGAAGCAGCAACGUCAGCAACAGCAGGAGGCCAUGAGGCAGCAGCAUGUGCAAAAGAUACAGCAAAUGCAGAAGCAGCAACAGAUGCUCGCGCAACGCCAGCAGAUCAUGACGAUGCAAAAUAAAAAAGAUCAGCCACCGCAGAUGAUAGCAGUAACGGGGACAGUACCGAAGCUACCUAGUGUCGCUGCAAUUCCACAAAGUGGUAUGACCGAAGUUCUUUCGCCGAUGUCAUCAAAGGUAACAGGCACUUUGAUCGCGUCAAAUGCUGCCUUGCCACCUUUCAUCGCGAUGCCACAAUCAUCGGUGAAACUCACAAACAGAAUCAGUAACAGUGGUAUUUUGCAAGAUUCCGAUAAUGAAUUGCCAAAAGAUGAUUAUACUCAGCUACCUUUGCCGAGUGACGAGAUGGCUGCUUCAGUGAACGAAAUGACGUUGCUUUCGUUGCAGCCUGUCGCUGCAGCUGAAACCAAUCAGCCUCUUCAACAAAAUGAAAAACAGUCCCUACCUGACAGCUUACCAUCCUUAGCUCCUAUCCAGGGCAUGGAAACUUCUCUGAAGGCUCUCGCGGAGGCAAGUAAUAUCACUCUAGAAGCCUUGGAAGCGGCAAUUCUUCUGAGACAGCAGCAGCUUCUUAAAAAACAGCAAGGACCUAUGACGACAAGUACAACAACUACAACGACACCUCUUAAAAAUAAAUAUAAUUCUGGAGCCACCAAAGUGAUGAACGCGCCUCGGGAAUACUAUCCGGUAGGAUACGACAAGAAUUUUGACGACAAUUUUGCAAGUCGCGUUGAUUUGCCUGACACGACCUUUUAUUGCGGCGAUCAGAAACAUUUUCCAGGUCUCUACGCCGACGAAGAUUUAGGAUGCAUGGUAUUUCACGUUUGUGCACUGACGGAUGAUGGACUGAUUAUGAAAAGUUUCCUGUGUCCGGAAUCGACGCUGUUUGAUCAAACGAUUCUGAAAUGCAACUGGUGGUUCUACGUGGACUGUAAAGCUUCCAAGAGCUUGUAUGACAGCAAUAUACCUAUUAGCAAGAGUUAUCAGCUGAUGAAGGCUCUAGCAUUCUUUUCGGCGUACAAAAAUCACGAAAACGGAACAAACAAUGAGCAACAAAGCGAAAAUAAAUCUUAAAUCAGCAGGUCAAUCAAAAAUUAUAGAAAUGUAAUUAUUAAGCUCAAUUUUCCUUGUAUGGAAAAAAUUAUAGAAUUGUAAUUAUUAAGCUCAAUUUUGUAUGAAAACUAUCGUGUUUUCAUACGAGUUUCUCAUCUAGUUUUAGAACGUGUUAAAGCUUUUAUCUGUAUAUAUAAUUUAUUUGGUUAAGAAAGAGAAAGAGUAAAUAAGGAAUA